AUGAAGAACCCCAAGGAGCGCACGGCCCUGUUUGAGGAGAUCCCCAGGGAUUUGGGGAUCCCUGAGCGCAAGGAGGCCAAGCAGGAGAAGGAGGAGGCUGACCGGUACCAGCGGCUCAAGGACGAGGUGGUUCGGGCGCAGGUGCAGCUCCAGCUCUUCAAGCUGUUCCACAACGAGGCCGAGAUCGAGAAGCUCAACAAGGAGCUGGGGCUGAAGAACCGCGAGAUCGACAAGGACAAGAAGAGGAUGGACAGGGUGGAGGACGAGCUCAAGGACCGCAAGAAGGAGCUGGGCAAGAUGAUGAGGGAGCAGCAGCAGAUCGAGAAGGAGAUCAAGGAGAAGGACUCGGAGCUGAACCAGAAGCGGCCGCAGUACAUCAAGGCCAAGGAGAACACCUCGCACAAGAUCAAGAAGCUGGAGGCCGCCAGGAAGUCCCUGCAGAACGCCCAGAAGCAGUACAAGAAACGCAAGGCAGACAUGGACGAGCUGGAGAAGGAGAUGCUGAGCGUGGAGAAGUCCAGGCAGGAGUUUGAGGAACGCAUGGAGGAGGAGAGCCAGAGCCAGGGCAGGGACCUGACCCUGGAGGAGAACCAGGUGAAGAAGUACCACCGCCUGAAGGAGGAGGCCAGCAAGCGCGCGGCCACGCUGGCCCAGGAGCUCGAGAAGUUCAACCGUGACCAGAAAGCCGACCAGGACCGGCUGGACCUGGAGGAGAGGAAGAAGGUGGAGACCGAGGCCAAGAUCAAGCAGAAGCUGAGGGAGAUCGAGGAGAACCAGAAGCGCAUCGAGAAGCUCGAGGAGUACAUCGCCACCAGCAAGCAGUCCCUGGAGGAGCAGAAGCGCCUGGAGGGCGAGCUGACGGAGGAGGUGGAGCUGGCCAAGCGCCGCAUCGACGAGAUCAACAAGGAGCUGAACCAGGUGAUGGAGCAGCUCGGGGACGCGCGCAUCGACCGCCAGGAGAGCAGCCGGCAGCAGCGCAAGGCCGAGAUCAUGGACAGCAUCAAGCGCCUCUACCCCGGCUCCGUGUAUGGCCGCCUGAUUGACCUGUGCCAGCCCACGCAGAAGAAGUACCAGAUCGCGGUGACCAAGGUGCUGGGCAAGAACAUGGACGCCAUCAUUGUGGACUCGGAGAAGACGGGCAGGGAUUGCAUCCAGUACAUCAAGGAGCAGCGCGGGGAGCCCGAGACCUUCCUGCCCCUCGACUACCUCGAGGUAAAACCCACGGACGAGAAGCUGCGGGAGCUGCGCGGGGCCAAGCUGGUGAUCGAUGUCAUUCGCUACGAGCCGCCCCACAUCAAGAAGGCGCUGCAGUUCGCCUGCGGCAACGCCCUGGUGUGCGACAACGUGGAGGACGCGCGCAGGAUCGCCUUCGGCGGGCACCAGAGGCACAAGACGGUGGCCCUCGAUGGGACCCUGUUCCAGAAGUCCGGGGUGAUCUCGGGCGGCGCCAGCGACCUCAAGGCCAAGGCUCGGCGCUGGGACGAGAAAGCCGUGGACAAACUGAAGGAGAAGAAGGAGAGGCUGACGGAGGAGCUCAAGGAGCAGAUGAAGGCCAAGCGCAAGGAGGCCGAGCUGCGCCAGGUGCAGUCCCAGGCCCACGGGCUCCAAAUGCGCCUCAAAUACUCCCAGAGCGACCUGGAACAGACCAAGACGCGGCACCUGGCACUCAACCUGCAG